ACUCUCCGCGCAAGGCGGGGCGUGGGGAUUGACUGGGCGCUCCGCCUAUCGGGCCCAGUUCCGCCUCCCUCCCGCAUCCGGCGCAGACGCCAUGGUACGGUUCAAACACAGGUACCUUCUGUGCGAGCUGGUGUCAGAGGACGCGCGCUGCCGCCUAAGCCUGGACGACCGCGUACUGGGCGGCCUCGUCCGCGACACGAUCGCCCGGGUGCACGGGACUUUCGGCGCCGCCGCCUGCUCGGUGGGCUUUGCAGUUCGAUACCUCAAUGCCUACACUGGAGUAGUGCUACUGCGAUGCCGAAAGGAUUUCUACCAGCUUGUGUGGUCAGCUCUCCCUUUCAUCACGCAUCUGGAGAACAAAGGACACCGGUAUCCAUGUUUUCUCAACACGUUACAUGUGGGAGGUACAAUUAGAACCUGUCAGAAAUUCCUGAUUCAGUACAACCGGAGACAGCUGUUGAUCCUGUUGCAGAAUUGCACUGAUGAAGGGGAGCGGGAAGCCAUUAGGAAGUCUGUUUCAAGAAGCUGUCUACUGGAGAAAGAAUCUGCUGAAGAGCUUUCAGACAGUGCUGGUGAGGAGGCUGUGGAAGCAAUGGAAUGACCCUGUUUCCAGGCCCAUUUGUGUGAGUUGUCAGCACCCCACAGUUCUCCAAACUAACUACCAGCCAGAGCACGGGGGACCUUCGUGAAAAGGAGGGCUUGCUGCCUUUACCAUCUGUGCUCCUGGAGCCCUGUACAGAAGUUUUGUAUGUAGCAACUUGAGUUGAGUGGAUGGAAUAAACAUAGUCUUUCUUGGC